ACACACACACACACACACACGCACGCACACACACACACACACACACGCACGCACGCACAAACACACACACACACACACACACACACACAAACAGAGCAGCAGCGCUAUGGAUGACGGCAGGGAGGGAGAGCGCCGCCGUCGCAGCACCAGCGACGAUGAGGUGGUGCGUGGGGGCGGCUCGACCCAUCAAGCCGAGGACACUGAGAGUGAUGACAGCAGUGACUUCAUCAUGACGGUGACACACACCGACGACGACGACGACGAGGAUGACGAGGAGUACGACGUGGUGAUGGAUGUUGAGGGCGAAGAUGACAGUGAAGAGGAUGACGGUGUCUCCCUUGCAGACCUUGUUGCUGAUGGGCCAAGCUGGAACCUCCUCGCAGCACUGCUCGGCCGCAGCGGUGACGCAGGCCUGCGUGAGGACAGUGAGUUCAUGACGGAGGAAGAAAUGCAGGAGGAGGAGAUGGAGCAGGAACAGCGAGCACAGUCGUCCGGUGCCACCAUGCACCAUGACAACGACGACGAUGACGAUGACAGUGACGACGAUGGCAAAGGCAAUGGCAGCCCAUUCCUUGAGCGCGCCGUUGAUGGCAGCGGCAGCAGCGAUGAACCUCCGCGCUCAGAUUACUUGGCCUCCCACCCCAAUGCCAGACUGUGCCGUCCCCUCAAAGCACAGCGGCUUCGUCGACGUGCAGCGGCAGCACGCCACGGCGUGUCUCGCAGUCAGCACGCAGUUCACCCUCGCAUCAAGGGCACACAUCUGCACCACGUCCUCGGCCUGUCCACGGGCAUGACAAGCGUUCGCCUCGGCAACCUCCACAACACCGCACUCAUUCAUCACGAGUUUCAGCGGGGUCGGCUUGGACUGAAGGGCCUGCAGGCGCCACACCGCGUGUAUCUCAUGCGGGAACAGCUGCCAAACUUCUGUAAAUACAAGCAAGCGCAGUUCCGUGAGCACGUGUUCUGUGGCGCGUACAGCAGCAAUGGCUCCAUGUUCAUGAGCGCAUGCCAAGACGAUGUGCUCCGGUUGUACGACACCUCCCGGGACGUGUGGUCCCUUCGCCGCAGCGUGUACGCUCGCGAUGUCGGCUGGGCCGUCGUGGACACGUGCUACUCGCCAAACCAGAUGUAUCUCAUCUACUCGUCCUGGUCAAACGCCAUUCGUCUCAUCACACUCGAGGGCGACAGACACGAGGACCUGGUGUACAACCGAAACAACGGACACACCUGCCCGUUCUCCAUCCGCUUCUCGCAGGACUCGUCUGAGAUUGUUGCUGGUGUGAGCGGGGGCACGGUAGUGGUGUAUGACAUCAACCGCGACAUGUUGCAUCACGACUUCACGGCGCACAGGGAGGACGUGAACGCCGUUGCCUUUGCGGACGAAUCGACCAACGUCUUCAUCAGCGGAUCAGAUGACGCAAUCUGCAAGGUGUGGGACCGGAGAACAAUUGACGGAUCGCGCGCGUCGCCCGUCGGUGCUUUCCGCGGACACACACAUGGCAUCACCUUCAUCGACAGCAAGAACGACGGGCGGUAUUUUAUUUCGCAGGGGAAGGAGUCGUCGAUCAAGCUGUGGGACAUGCGGGCGAUGCAGACAGAGCAGGAGGCGCAGCCGCCCCUCAUCCGCAUGAUGGAUUAUCGAUGGGGCGUGCGCAGGCAGCCCGCGUCACAGCGGCGCCGUCUGCGUGGCGAUGCGUCUGUGAUGACAUACACGGGGCACCUCGUGUCGCGUACGCUGAUGCGCGCUCGCUUCUCGCCCUCAUUCUCCACAGGGCAGAGGUAUGUGUAUGCCGGCUGCACGACGGGCCGCGUGUUCAUCUGGGAUGUGCUCACGGGCGCCGUCGUCUCAAGCAGAGAGGUGCACAACGGCAUUGUUCGCGACGUCUCUUGGCAUCCAUUCAAACCAAUCCUCGCCACAUCCUCGUGGGAUGGCACAGUCAAGACGUCCACAGCGUACAUGCCCAACACAACAACAGCAGCCCCUCAGCCCUCCAUGUUCCACACGCCAGUCCUCAACCAAGACGACGACGAGUAGAAAUACAGAGAGAGAGAGAGUGAGAGGAGAGAGAGAGAGUGUGUGUGUGUGUGCGUGUAUGUGUGCGGAUGUGCGUGUGUGCGUUGUGCGCGCCUUAGUGGUUUUGCAUCGCUCUUCUCCCACUUUGACCGAAUUUUAUUAAAGAUAUCCAUAACUA